UGGGCGUGGAGAGGGAGAUGGCUUCUUCCCCGAAGCCGUUGAGCCGAGCGUGUCUGACACAUGAGCACAAACGGAGAAAAGCGCACAGAGUUGAACAUCCGAUGGGUCAAUCUCAGCGAUUUUACUCCCUGACUGGAUCCUGUCUGCAGCCAAAGAUUCUGGACUGAGUGAUUCCCGUUGCGAUUCACUCUUGGUAGCGACGAGCUACUUGGAGAAUUUCUUUUUCUAGAAGUAAACUCAGAAGAAGCGCACGGCCGCAGCGAUGACAGACAAGUUUAGUUCACCUUUAAAUCACUGAGAGCCGCAUCCUGCUGCGCUGCAUCCGACCCGACUGACCCUUCUGGGAAGACACAAAGGAGAUACAGGAUGAAUUCCGCUUUCAUAACUGUGCUACUUGGAUUGGUUGGGGCUCUGGCCAAUAAGGAAGAUUGUUUGUCGGGCCAAUAUACAAACAGCGGAGAGUGCUGCAAACAAUGCCCGCCCGGCGAGGGCGUCGUCACACCAUGUGGAGCCACACAGACUGUCUGUGACCCCUGCCUUGACAGUGAAACCUUCUCAGAAAGCUUCAGCCACACAGAGAAAUGUCAGGCCUGCACAGUAUGCACAGAUUUGCUCCGCAUGAAGGCGCCCUGCACAGACUCCAACGACGCCACCUGCGUGUGCAACUAUGGCUACUACAUGAACCAAAUCUCACAGCGUUGUGAACCCUGCACCAAAUGUCCUGAAGGUCAGGGCAUGCUGUUCAGCUGUGAGUUCGACCACGACACUGUGUGCGAGGAGUGCAACGGGGACACUUACUCGGACCAGGAAAGUUCUCGGGAGCCCUGCAUCCCUUGCACCACCUGUGAUGAGGAGGAAAUAUUAUAUCCGUGCACCUCUGUCACUGAUACGGUUUGUCAAGUUACGGAGACUUUCCCUUCAGUGACUUCCACACCCUACACCAUACCUCCCUAUGAUGACUUUGCACCAGAUGCCCCACCUCCAGAGGUCCCUAUAGACAGCACCACCACCACCACCACCACUACCACCACUACUAAUGGUGAUUCUCAGGAGCGGCUGUAUGAUGGCUUGAACGACAAACUCAUACCCAUUUACUGCUCCAUCCUGGCAGCAGUUGUUGUUGGCCUCGUGGCCUUCAUCAUCUUCAAGAGGUGGAACAGCUGUAAGCAGAACAAGCAAGGAGCCAACAACUGCACAGCUAACCAAAACCAGACGCCAUCACCUGAGGGAGAGAAGCUGCACAGUGACAGUGGCAUUUCUGUAGACAGCCAAAGUCUGCAGGAGCAGCAGGCCCAGACUCAGACACAGACAGUUGUCACCAUAGAUGAGGAGCCUUGUUUGCUCCUUCCUCUCCACACUAGAGAGAAAGUGGAGAAGCUGCUGUUCAGGGGCAGCGAAGGAGACGACUGUAACCACAUGGACGACAGCGACUGGUGCAACCUGGCGGGCCUCCUGGGAUACGAGGAGGAGCGGAUCGCGACGUUCCGGCAGGAGGAGCAUCCUGUCUGUGCGCUUUUGUCUGACUGGGCGAGCAAGGACAGCGCCAGCAUUGACACGCUGUGCACAGCUCUGCGCAAGAUCAACCGUGAUGACAUCGCCCAGAGCCUGGUGCUAAGCCCAAGCGCCGCGAAGCCGACCGCCACUUCUGUAGUCUGAUUUAAGCUGAACGGCGAGCAAAACACCUGAACCUUAACCUUAAUAUUCUUCCCUCAUUCAACAUAAUUCAUGCUAGAAAUGCUUUAAGCUAUUUCCUCAUGAAGCUAGCAGUCGCAGUGAUGAUCAAAUAUAAUGGAUCCUGAAGAAUUAUUCAAUAUAUAAUGAAGGGAUAAGACAGGAAGAUGACAGAAAUUAGACAAAAACUGAAUGAAUGUCAAUGUACCUAAUCAAAUCAAUCAAAGGAAAACCUUCCACUUCACCAUCGGGAUUUGCUUAUAAUAAUUCACUCAUAUUUGAAAAUCCGCUCAGUGUAAAGCCUACAUGGGGGAAAUGGUCUACAAUCAUUCUAUAAUGAGCCUGGAUAUCCACCGGCCUUUCUACACUAUCUGACAUCCAGCUUACCAUCUUGUGUCUUUAUUAACCAUGGAGCAGCAAUGGUCUUUGAAAUGGCUCUUUCACCCUUACAACUACAUCUACAGGACAACUUGAUCUUCUGCAUCUUUAUUCUUCAUUCUUAGGCGUAGUCACCGUGUCCCUUACAGAUAGCAUUCAUAUGCCUGUGUGUCUCUAAAUGUUACGUUACAAGUCUAUACUACCAAAGAGGAGUAAAUGUCCAUACCUGAAAAGCAACAUUAUUUACAUGCCAUGUUAGAUUUUUUUGAAUUUAAGUCGUCAAAUGGCUCGUGUCCUUUACUGCCACGCGAUGAGGCCUGCAUACCACAGAGUAUCUGGAUCUUUGACAAAUAUGACAACCUGAAGAAGGAUGCUUGGACAUGUUUCAAAAUGAACCUGUUCUUCAGUUAAAACAAAAACUAAGUCCAGCUUUUCACUCUUAUGUUCAAUACUCGUAUUAGAUUUAAGACACUGAGCUAAAACACACCUGGAAUUAAACUUCGGCGUCAUCUUGAGUGAGUAUCUCUUCUUUUGACAAAUGCUAUAAGAACUGCUGGCCGCGCUCUGGGGGGAAGGUCAUUGACUGAGGCAACAAAAGACACUAUUCUAUGUGCACAGACCUAUCUGCAUAACACAGGAGCCCCCCACAUAGACUCCUUCAUACUGACCCAGAAAAGGGAAGAACGUGGAACUCAAGUCACCCAGUAACAGCUAUGUAUACUGUGUGUUCAUAGACAGACACCAAAUAGAAACACAUACUGUACAUACAUACCACAUAGACUUACAGUGUGUAACCAUGCAUGAAUGUAUUAUACACACAAACACACACACACACAUCAUGCAUACAUUUACAUUCUGUUUUGUUGGAGAAGACAUAGAAAACUUCAGAACCUGCCGUGUAGUACGUGUAGCACUCUCCUGAGGGAACCAUUGUUUAAAGUCAUUAUUAGUAGCCAAUAUAAAGUAAAGUAUAAUUCAUAUAAGUUGCGAUGUGUGGUGUAGAUGGUGAAGUAACAGUAAACAUGCAUGCAUGCAGAAACUAGCAACUAAUUGUCAGCCAGUGCACAGAAUCCAAGAAAAAGCAAACAAUAUGUUCAAAAUAAUCAGGUUGCAAAAGAAAAAUCUGUGAUUUUCUACCAUUUUUUUUGCCUAAUUUCUCAGGGUAUCUUGAAUGAUUGUGUUACCUACAUGAAUGUUACACUUACUAUUACACCCUGUAAAGUUAGCUGAACAAUCGAUUGAUGUUCAAGAGGGGAGGUUUAUCCAAAGCAGUUAUUCUUGCGGCUGACAAUCCUUCAAACAGGUGCGUAAGACAGGAAAACGGGUAAGAGAAGAAAGAAAAAGGGUGUCCUGUUUCCUCAUUGUUUGCAACAAUGACAUCGGGAUAAAAGGCUAGUCAGUGGAGACAUAAGUCAAAGGAUUUGGAUGAAUUCAGACCUAGGGAAAGCGGAAAAGUUUUGGAUUACUUUAAAGGUCAAAGCCACGACUCUGCAUUUGCGUUAAUCAGCUUGUUUAAGUCUAAUCACAUGUUCCUCUCCCUGUGGCGGUAUGUGCUUUUUGCAUUGUGUUGUGUUCCACCUAAUUUGGUUUGAAUUUGAGUUUUAUUAUGUUGAUAUAUCAUUAACUGAGGAUUGGUAGGACUUAUUUGUCGUUUUUCCUCUUUUUUUCUGACUGUCGGGGAAAAUAAUUGAAGGAACAGCUAGUUUACUGUGUGAAGCUUGACUGUCACCAACUUCAUCUGCUACUCUCGGGUACAGAUUGUAUAUUGUUACUAACCACUAGCAUAGUGUGCUUCAUGCUGUAGUGUUACUUUUAAUGAAGGUAUUCUCAUUUUCCCUUACUUUCUAAGGGUUGUUGUAUUUUCUUUCCCAAAUAACAACUGUAAAUGGUAUUAUAUUAGUAUUAUAUUUCUUUUAUUGUCCUAGAUUGUAGCACUUAAAUCUGUAAUUAUGUGUCUGCUUUGCAUCACAAGUGCCUGGGAACUGUUUCAGGUGUCCGCUGAUGUCUUUGUUUUUUUGUUGUUUUUGUAAGUGUAUCUCCUUUACUUGUUAUUUUUUACUUGUAAAUAAUUUGUCUUUUUCUAGUUUUUAUUUUAGUUAAAGGUUUAGAAGGCACUGUACAAUAUUUUCGUCAAUGGGAAGUUGUUAUACAAUAUCAGUGCUGUCCUGGUUUAAAAGGGUAAGAAUGGCAAAGGGAAGGGAGGUGCCUUUGUGAGGCACUCGGUGCAAUUAACAAAUUAAUCACCACCAGUAAUGUAGUGUGUCAGGCAUGAAUAGGAAACCAAAAUUUUCUCAAGUUAUUUUAAUAUCUUUUAGACUACUCAGAAAUAGAAAGGCUCUAACUACACUCAGUCAGAAAGACAACAUCAUAAUAAACUAUGCUUCAAGUACCCUGCACAAUAAGGCAGGAUGAGUUUAUGAGUGUGAUAUUUCUUCUUUGCUUUCCUGCUGAGAUUAGAUGAUAAGACUCACAUAUCUGUCAGGUGGCUAGCUUAGCUUAGCAUAAAGACUGGACUCCUGGGUCUGUACCGGCACAUCUAAUAGCUAAUUAACAUGUUAUGUAUUGUUUGUUUAAUCAUUAAGCAUCCAAGAAUAGAUGUUGGUAAUAUGCGUGCAAAACCUUGGAUAUAUUGAAACAUUACACUUCUUUGCGUUUGUUUAUGUUCAGUUUUGAAUUUUGUUAUGUGACAAUGCUGUUGUUAAGAUUUAAUGUGGUUAGGUUUAAGAACAAAAUCCACUUGGUUAGGAUUAGGGAAAGGUCAUGUUUUGGCUCUCCUGGUUUGGUCACCACAAAAUACCUGGAAAUUGUCCUGACACCUGGUUAAAAAUAUCUGGUUUACAGCUGGACAUCUCUUGAUCUCUUGAUGUGUCAUUAGAAAUACGUGAUUUUCCAUGGAAAGCGUCUUAGUCGAAACGGUCUUGAACAGUGGUCUCUCGGUUGGCAGUCAUCUCCUCCUACUGGUAAGAAAGCCCUCAUAUACGUUUGAUGUAGCCAUAACAAUGCACGUAUUGUAGAAAUGUUGAUAAGUGCAUAAAAUGUUCAAACUUUACAUAUUCAUUGUUUGCAGAAAUGUAAAAUUCCAACAUUUUAUUCAAGUGAAUGUGUUGUCUUGUCAGUGUUAAAAUAAAAAGUUGUGAUGUUACAAGGGUUUACAUACCAGACAUGCUAGCCUGACUCUGUCCGAUACCAUGAUAGUCAAAAUCCAAUGGUCAGUGGAUUUUGUUUCCUUUGGACAGAGCUAGGCUAGCUGUUUUCCCUGGUUACAGUCUUUAGGCUAAACAAAACUAACGGCCUGCUAGCUGUAGCUGUAUAUUCUUCACACAGAUAUGAGUGGCAUUGAUCUUAUCUACCUUUCUGCAACAAAGCAAAUAAGCAAAUCCACCCACUUCAUAAUUUUUUCCCCCACAACUUGAAUUCACAGAACAUGUUGAGUGUUAUUAAGUUAAAAAAUGUCAAAUUUCCCAAGUGUCCUAGUUAUCUUAAAAAAAAACUAGGCCAGCAAGAUUUUAAGUUCUGAUCUGACAAGCUAAUUGAAAUUACACGAAAUUAUUGUCUAAUAAGUUGUUGUGCUGGUAAAUUAAUGUUUGCUAGUUUUUGGCAGCUGUAGUAAGCAGGAUUGAGGAAGCUUGAAAUACUAACCCUAACUUGGCCCUGAACCUGCUUUGGUUUGUGAUACUUAAAAUACUAAAAAUUAUUUUGCUUUUUAUAAUAUGUAUUCAAUACUAGCUAUUGCCACAGAAUGACUUUCCCUGACAGUUCUAUGUAAUGUAGCUCAAUCAAUACUAUCUUCAGAGUUUAUCCUACUGUCAGAAACUAUGAAUAGAAAUGGAGGCUUUUUCCUCUGACAGUAUUUGUUUAGAUUGAUAGAUAUGAGAGGAGCAGCGAUCAGGCAGUGAAUUUCUUGUACAGUAAAUCCAGUUGAAGAUGAACUUGUUGUAAUAUUGCACUUGAGUGAGUGGGGAAUGAAAAGACUGUCAUUGGAGGACAAGGUUUAAUUAAAAAAAAAGCCCUGGUGAUAGUGACAAGACUGAUUUACACCAGGACUGAAAUGUAUAGAGCUGAGAAAUACUGAAUGUUCCUUGUAUAGGCAUACUCAUACAUAUACUGUACGAUACUUAAUGUGAAUUUGCUAAACUCUGAUAUCAGACGAGCAGUAAAACUAUAAUCCUACAA